UCCAACUAUCAAUAUCACUAUCAUUCCUCCAUAUAUGGUGGUAAUUGUUAAAGAGAAAACAAUGAAGCAGAAGAGGAAAUAGCCUGCUGACAACUGGCAGCUGAGGUGGGGGGUGGGGCACAGACAUAGGCCUUGGAAGCAGGAGCAUUAAUUACUGCUAAAAUUCCCAGAGCUCUCCCAUCUGCCUCCUUUAGCCUUUAUCUGCUGCUUCACCAUCCUGAAAUCAAAGAGGAAGAAAAAGGAGGGGUGGCGGGACCGCAGAAUCGCAGAUAUGACUGAGGCUGAUGUAAAUGCGAAGGCCUACCCCUUUGCAGAUGCCCACCUCAACAAGAAACUAUUGGGCCUUCCUCUCCAUCCUCUCAGGAUCAUCCUCUCUGGUGAAUGGAGCAGUCAUGUAACUACAAGCAGCUUCAGAAAGGAGCCAACGAAGCCACCGAAACCUUCAACAGAGGCAUCUCUGAGUUCAUCGUGAUGACUGCAGACGCUGAGCCCCUGGAGAUCAUCCUGCACCUUCCGCUGCUGUGUGAAGAUAAGGACAUGCCCUACAUGUUUGUGUGCUCCAAGCAGGCCCUUGGGUGGGCCUGCUGGGUGUCCAGGCCUGUCAUCGCCUCCUGUUCUGUCACCAUCAAAGAAGGCUCCCAGCUGAAGCAGCAGAUCCAGUCCGUUCAGCAGUCCAUUGAAAGGCUCUUAGUGUAAACCACUGGCCUCUGUCCCACUCCUCAGUGAGUC